AUGUAUAAAGAAGUAACAGUUAUGAAUGAAAAGGGGAACACAGCCAAAUCAAAAUCAGUGAAUGCCAAGAUGCUCUGCAUGCACAGCCUCUAUACUUGUUUGCCUGCCUGCCUCAAUGAUAGUGAUAAUGAUAAUGAUAAUGAUGAUGAUGAUGACCUUAAUCAGCCUUUCAUUAUUAACUUGAUGCAUGCCAUGAAAAAAGCCGUGGUGUCCACUUUGCGAAGUUGUCACCUCGUCUGUCCCCUCUGUCCCAGCAGCGGCUUCCCCUCGGCCACCGAGCUCAGCCGCCACGCAGCCACGGCCCACCAGCUGGACAAGCUCUACUGGUGCUACCAGUGCAAGUACCGCUCCGACUCCAAGUCCAAUCUCCUGAGGCACCUUCGCACGCACACCGGAGAGAAGAGGCACGCGUGUCCCGUCUGUCCCUACAGGGCCGGGCAGCGGUCGGACCUGCGCCGCCAUCUUAGAGUCCACGCGCUCAGGCUGGCCCACAACACCCUCCAGUGCUGCCUGUGUGACUACACCACGCCCACGCCCGUGGCCUUCUCGCUCCACAUGCUGGAGAAGCACUCCUCCGAGGGGCAGGAGGAAUCGCAGGAGGAGUAUAAUGGCGGCCCCGUCGAAGAACCCAGGAGAGACAAGGACCUCGAGGACGAAGUAGAAGAAGUAGAAGUAGAAGAAGUAGAAGAAGAAGAAGAAGAAGAAGUUGAAGAAGAAGAAGUACAGGAGGUAGAAGACCUUCCUUACUACAGCAGUAGUAGCAGCGGGGCCGGGGGAGGCGCCGCCCUUCCAACAUCCAGCUCCACCUCCACCUCCACCUCCGUCAGAUACAGCAGCGCCUUCUUCGGUAUAGGCGUCCCCCUGGACGCAGAAGACCCGGACACCCACCCCCACGCCCACCACCAUCUUCACCACCACCAUCCGCCAGACGCCCUCCUCCCUCAGGCACUUCUGUGCCCGCAGUGCGGGCGGAGCUACACCCACAUGUCCGCCCUCAGACGCCACCUGCGGGCGCACUCGGCCGACAAGCCCUACGGCUGCGACUUCUGCGGGUACAGGGCCAUCCAGAGGUCGGACGUCACGCGGCACAUGAGAACCCACACCGGAGAGAGGCCCUACCAGUGCCCACACUGCCCCCACAAGGCGUCCCAGUCGGGGGACCUGGACAGACACAUCGUGUCUGUGCACACGGAUCUGUGCUUCGAGUGUCAGCAGCUGCAACUCCAACACCCACAGCAGCAGCAGCAGCAGCAGCCCACAGCAGAAACAGCAGCUGGCGUUGUGGUGGUAGACCCUACCAUGCCUUUGCCUCCUUUGGGCCAGCAGCAGACUCCCCAGCAGCACCAGUAUCAUCAGCAGCAUCCAGCCCCUUCUGCUGCUGCUGCUGGAACGGACGGCCGUAUCCGGCCGUGUCCCUUCUGCUGGAAGUACUUCCGGAGGAGCGACCACCUCCGCAGCCACAUCCGGACCCACACGGGCGAGAAGCCGUUUGCCUGCCCCGUCUGCCCCUACCGCGCCGCUCAGAAAGUCACGAUGGACAGGCACGUCAGGAGACACCACAUCCACCAGCAGGAGAUGGAACAGCACCAGAUGCACCACCUGCAGCUUUAA